CUUUGCUGCCUGCAGAUCUGACCGGUGUCUAGCUGGGUUUUGGUUUGGAUAUCAGAGCGGCGAGAGCUGGGUUGAUUUUGUUGACCCACGAAGGAGCAAGAAUCGGGGAUGGGGAAACGAGGGGACUGGACUCUCGCCCCACUUGGCCUCCUUCUAGGAACCCCGCUCCUUCAGAGGAGGUGACACGCGCUUCCCUAUCUCCGCAGGCUCAGUUUCUGCAGAGCGUCACCGUCACCGAGCUGGCUUUGCAGGCAGCUGUGGGAAUGAGUUUUACUAGGAUGUGGUAGAAAUAAGGCCGAGACCAGAUGUUGGGAGAUGGCUCUUGUAGUCGUGGCUGGAAGGAAAAGAAAACCAGUUUUCUUAGGGGUGGCAUGUUUGAAUGCGGAGGUGGAGAUAUAAAUUUGUACGGGAUUGCCCUGUGCUUUGCUCCUAAUUAUAGGAGAGUUCUCCUGGGUGACUUCACCCUUGUAGUUAACAAGUCCAAAGAUGUGCCUAUUGUCAGCCAAUUCAGAACUUUGGAGUUUGACAUUUGUUGCUGCAAGCUUUAUGUGGCUGCUUCACGAUUAAGAAUUGGAAACGAAUUAAGAAGGGAUAUUCAAUAUCUAGGUGAGGCACCUGUACAUCUGUGACUUCCACAAAAAUUUCAUUCAGAGUGUCCGAAAUAAAAGGAAGAGGAAGACCAGUGAUGACGGUGGAGAUUCUCCAGAGCACGACACUGACAUUCCUGAGUGUUCUCCACCUGCCUGAAGCAAGAACAUCUCUUUUAGAGGUCGACCUGUUUCAGCUGCAGGUGAAUACGCUACGGCGCUACAAGCGGCACUACAAGCUACAGACCAGGCCCGGCUUCAAUAAGGCCCAGUUAGCAGAGACCGUCAGCCGGCACUUCAGGAACAUCCCCGUGAAUGAGAAGGAGACGCUUGCCUACUUCAUCUACAUGGUGAAGAGUAACAGGAGCAGGCUGGACCAGAAGGCGGAGGGCGGCAAGCAGCUGGAGUGAGGCACAGACGCGGGAGGAGUGAAGCGCCGCGCCUCAGCGCAGGUGACGUCUGCUACGCUGGUGCCCGGCAACACUGUUCAGUGUUAUUGUGCAGACAAAAGCUUGAGUGGUGAGUACUGUAAAUCUCUUUGGUCAGGAGAUCGUACUUCCACGAUGCAGCCUACGUACAGACAGACAUUCUCUUAAGGUAACUGCUGGACCGUAAGAGGGUCACAAGGACAUAAGGCUGUGUCCCGCAGUGCCCAGCUCUGUGGGAAGCGUGUGGACUGAACCUUCCCUUUGGACACCGCCCUGGAGGGACGACAGCAAGGUGCACCCUGGCUCGGGGCUCGAGGACCCGCCCCUCUGCGGCUUCUCUGUUCUCAGCAAACCUGUCCCACACCGGUCGCCCUCACGUGCCCUGGGCCUGGCCUUUGGCACAUGGAGCUGUCAGCACCGCACCGGCCCCGCCUCGCCUGCCUCACUGCGCUGGCUGCCGAGACCUCUGCAUCUGUCACUGCAGCGUGGGAAACCCCAGUGUCCCAGCGAGGAGACUGCAGGUCAAGCGCAGGCCACAGGGCAGUUGCGUGUGUGAGGCAGUGUUGGCUGCGGCUCUGGAGACAGUGACAGAGCAGCCCUACCAGAGGCCUGUGCUCGGCCCUCCGUGCUGUCCUUAGGGGUGAAGUCCUGUGGGGAGACUUAAGCCAAGCUCCUGGGCGGUUGAGCUCGGACGAGUCGAGAGUGAGUGGCUGGGGCUGGUGUUCUCGGGAGUCUUAAUCCUUAGUUCACAGCUACCGGAAACUACUGAGGGCUGCGCAGGUCCCACCAGAAACCCGACUGGGAGACCGCAGCUGGUGGGGCUGUCAGGCUCUGCUCCGCAGCACGUCACAAGUGUGAGCCAAGAAGUCAGUGCCCCCUGAUGCUCGUCUUUGUGAAAAAUUCACCUCCCUCUUAGGCAAGGAGGUGAUGAGUCAUUUUUACAGUAUUCACAAUUACCUGAUUUUUUUGUUGUUGUUCAGAAAGUCAGAUUCUUCUGUCUAAUUCUGUCUGAGCCAAAGUACCCUGUGAAAACAAAGCUUUAUAUCCAAAAGUAUGCUUUUGUGUUGGGGGCAGAGGGUGUGGAUAAAAGGAUGGCAGAAAAAGAAGAAAAGGAUCUGGGUUUUAAUUUCCACCUUGACCUAGACUGUGGUCAAGGGUGUCCCUGUCCUACUGAGUUUCAGUUGUGAGUUGUUAUUUCUUAAGCCUUAAGUAAUAGAAAGGAGCAGUGGGCAGCUUGGCCUAGGAGAGAGUUGCAGUCUCGUGGACCCUUCGUCUGACCAUCAGAAGCAGACCACACUGGGCAGGUGGUGAAGGUCUCAGCUCUGUGAAACAGCACCGUCUUUGUGGAAUGGGGACAGGGCCACCGCUGUCGCCAGAAUGCAGUGUGUUCCCCAGCAGCAGAGCUCUCCUCAGUGUUCAGAACGCAUGUCUAGCAGAUGACUUUCCAAAUAGAAAUAAAUGAAUGUGCACAGUGUAUCCUCUGGGCUGGCGGGGUCCUGUUUUGAUUCCUGCUUGUGUGGGGCCCACAAAGGGUGCUCCCAGCACCGUGGGUCAGACUCAGUGGGAUUUAGACCGUCCCUGCCUCAUAGCUGGGAGGCUGGAGUUGGGGACAGGGGGAACCUGCCUGUUAAGGCACUGUUAACCUGCUCUGUAGCAGUGUCUGUGUAUUCGUGAGGAGGAAAGCAUAUCUUUGUGGUAUCUAAACCCACAUCAUGGGCAUGUAGGCCGUGUCGCUGUUUAGCAGCCAGUGUGCUUCCCCGGUUGGGAGAGAGCGGAACAGCUCUGUGUAGGAAGUGUGGUGCUCCGUCCAGCCGUCCAGUGUGUCUGAGGAGGCUCCCUCUCCACAUGGGCAGCUGGGGAGACGUCUCACUUCAGCUGGAAGCUGUGCACCCUGACUCCCUUGCUGUCUUUGCUCCAAAGAGGGCUGUUUUUGGAAAGGGGAGACGGUGGGUGUCUUUUCUGCUUUGUAAAAUAGAUCCGCUGAGAGAAAAGACAAAGCUCUUCCGGUUGUUUCUUUCCUGUCCAGAAGUCCGUUCUCUCACCACGCCGCUGAAGCAGCUGCCUUAGCCCCUUCUGCAGUUCUGAUGGCUUUAUCCAUGGCUGGAGACGUCUGCCGGGGAGACACGGCCCAGCCUCCAGAGCCACAGGGCCCGGCUUCAGGGAGCAGUGGGGUCUGGGGAAAGCAAGGUCCAUCUUGCUGCCUGCGUUUUUAACCCGCGUGUCAAGGACUCUCAACCUUCCCGCCACCUGUGACAUCCCAGCUUUGCCUUCUGGUGCUUCUGGGCAAAACUGGAAUUUGAAGUCCAGAGCUGACAUCGUCUUCUCCCUCGAGAGUACAGUUCCUGCCUCCGUCCAAACCUGGGAUGGCUCCUCCCUGUGCCUGCAGGAGGCCAUGUGGAUACUCAGCAUCCCACUGUUCACGGCAUUCUGUUUCAAGCGAACAAGCUUCUUCUUUCAUACAAACUCAAGUUGGCGGCAGCACGUGAAAAUGAUCAGAGCUGGAAUCUUGCAGAAGAUUACAAAUCAAAGGAUUCAGGACCGGUGUUGUAAAAGGAAGAGGAAUUCCACAUAUGUGGCACAGCUGCCAGGUCGUUGGGCGACCCUGUCACAGCGAAGUAGUCAGUGCUCGCCUCAGGAAACAGUAACAACACUUGUACGUGGAACAUGGCAGCUAACCUGGCCUUGGGCUAUUAUUCUAUGGGGACUUUUUGUUGCUGUCCUGCAGGGCAGCUGUCUGGUGGAAAGGACGGGAAGGGAGGGCACUUUCUGACUGAGAUGGGUGUCCCGCUGUGAGACUGGGGAGGUGCUCCCUGGAACGCUCCUGGAGGCUCUCAGUCAUUGCAGUGACAAGAUCCAAAGAUUGGGAAAGCGUCUUUGAGGCCUCCCAGUGCAGUGUUCCCAUAGGUGCUGCCACUCUUCUUGUGCCAUCCCGCCACGGGAGCAGUCUGGGCUUCCACAUCUCUGUGGAGAACUCACUACCUCCUGGGGAACCCCUGGCUUUUCUGUGUUCUCUGUAAUCUCCACCUUAGCCUCUGCCCUGUGGGGGCCAUGUGGAGCGACCUAAUUCCCAGCAUUGCAUUAUUGUCCCCAGAAAGGAGGAGCGAGGACACAGGAUUCUGGUGCCCUGACUGUCCUCCUCCCUGAGAGCCCACCCUGCUGACCUCCCUUUCGGAGGAGAUUGGGGGAACACCAUCCGCCAGGUUGUCCUGGCUUCUUGCCAAAUCUGGUGAAGUUCUGGGGGUGGGGGCUGGUAAAAAACAACUUACAGCAGCUGAGGCCUUAGCUCUGCGCUUUUCGCAAAAACUAAUGCUCACAACAUCGUCUAGGAAAAACUGCACCUAGAUUCAAAGAUAACAUCGUUGCUCUGUUCAAAGUUUAAAGGUUCCAUGGUUGUUGGGAGCUUUGCCCUGGAUUCCUGUAAGGACUUCACACUUGUUUUCUGCUGAGAAAAACAAAGUUUAAGAACUUGGGGCUGGGGCGCAGGCACCAUAUGUCCGUGUCAGACGUACCAGACCUUCAAGCUGGGAAGUCCUUCACGGCUGUCCUGCCGUCCGUUCCGAGGGAAUGAAGAGUUCACGGGGUCUGUCUGAGAUCUGUGUUCCUGGGGCCUGGCCUCAGCCCUCAGCCUGGCCGCACUCUCCUCUCUCAUGUGCAGGCUGACUCUCACGCAGUCCAAGGAAAGUGGCCCUCAGAUUCUCGAGAACUCGUACAGGAAGAGGCCCCACAGUCAGCUCGGCUCUCGAACCAAACUGCCCUGCAGAACCCAAAGCUCAGUGACAUCAGGCUAGUGGCGUUUGUAAAAGGAGUGGCAGGGAAAAACAGAUCUAGCCUAGGGUGAAGACCAGCACUCAGACACCCCAGUGGGAAGUGUAGCAUUGUCUAGAAUCUGAAUUCGCGUGAGGUGGGCUUGGUCUGAGAUCCCUGGGCCCAGCUUCCUCCCCGAGGCAGUCGUCUCGGGUUGGGAUUUCCGGUCCAUCGCUGAGCUGGGCAAUGGAGCUGAGGGCAGCGAGCUCAAGAUCACGCGCUGGGGAGCACGGUGCUUCAGGGGUGCCCUCUUACUCCUCUCACUGUGUUGCAGACUGUCUCCAAGUCCGAGUUAAGAAGGGUAGUGCUGGUCUGAUGCUGAGGUGGAAUCCAGUUUGGGUGCAGUGCGACCUGUCCUUGUGGCAGAAAUGUCUGCAGUCAGUUGUUUCCCAGAGCUUCCAUCUCAACACAGACCCUUCGGUUGCUCUCCUUGGAUCAGUACCUUUGCGAUGACAGAGGGCUGUGCAGAUCCUCUUUUACAUCUCUAUUGUCUUUUGUGCUCAUCAGAGCGACUUUUAGGGUGCCGGGUUUGGGGCGUUUUCUUGUCCGUUUUGUAACUGCCUUAUUGAAAAGUAAGUGCCCUUCCAUUCCAGGCCUCCUCAUAUUGUACUUGUUUCCUGCCAAAUUGGGGGGAUCCUUUGUGUUUUAACUUUGUACUCUAAGGCUCUGCACUGUUGAAAGGCUCUCAACUCUAGAGUCUCCUUAGUAUUACAUGACUUUCAUUUGCAAUAUCAUGGAUGGGAUGGCCCGACUUUUGCUCUUAAUAAAUGAACUGAAUGAGUAAAAAGACACACUCUGCUAUUCCUUUGUACUUCCUGCAUGAACUUAGGCCCUUUCACCUCCUCCCUGGGCCCCGCCAGGUACACAGUCAGUAAUGACGCAGCUCCAGCAGCCAGCACCCAUGCUGUCCUGCGAGCCAGGUGCACCCUCAGAGUUCACACCGUAGGAGGCUGGUUCCCAUCCCAGCCCUCCUGUCCCCCUCACAC